AUGCUUGGAAAUUUCGUAGUCUCCGAAUUUCUUUUCAUUUCUGCUCCGAUGUCUCUCGUCUUAGCUUGGCAAAAAAGGAGAGGAUUCGUUAGUACGGAAAAUGGGUCUUCUGUUUGGUCCACCAUCUCGGCGCUUAGAGGUGGUUGUCGAGUGUCUUCUGAAUGCGUAGAUGAGAUGCUUGCCAGAAGAUCUCGGCUUCAGGUUAAGCCCAACAUUUCUAGAAGCUCUAAGGCAACACCUAAACCAGCCGAAAAUCUUGACGAGUCGGUGGAUGUGUCGUCGAAUGCUGGGAUACCUGCUGAGACUCUACCAGUAGCGGGAACGAGUGCUGAUGCAUCUGUUAAUGAUGGUUCGGCCGUUAUCGACGGUGCGAUUAGCGAAGAGUCCCCGUGCACCGUAACGCAUACUUUGGCCAGAAGGCCACGUCUUCAGGUGAAGCCCAACAUUACCGAAAGUUCCAAAGCUGCGCCUAAGUUUACCGAAAAGCUCGGCGAGUCAGUAAAAGUGCCGUCGAUUGAUGGGACAUCUGCUGAGGUGCCGCCAGCAACCGAAAAUGCAUCUGUUGACAAUAAUUCGGUAAUUCCUGAGGAUGCAGUGAAGGAAGGGUCUUCCUGUGGCACAGCGCAAACACUGGUCAGAAGGUUUCGCCUUCAAGUGAAGCCGAACAUUUCCAAAAAUUCCAAGUCUGGACCCAAACCCGCUGAAAAGCUCGACGAAACAGCUAAUUCGAAAGGGGGGUUAUCGCUUGAAGCCUUAUUAUCAGCAAAAGAUGGUGCUCCUUCAAAUGAUUCUGCCGUUACCGAAAAAGCUAUACCCGAAAGUGGAGAGUUAGGAGAGACUCCAGCGACUGUCAGCUCUUCAACCGCAACGCGCACAGUUUCCGUUGAAGAGGCUGAAAUUGCUUAUGUCGAUCCACUUGCUCCUGAAAAGAGAAUCGCUCAUUCGUACGGAAGUGGAAUCAGAGCACGUGACCGGCUUACGUCAUAUAGCGAUUAUUAUGGACCAUCUACCAAAAGUAAGCUAAAAAAGAGAUUCACUGGUGAUGAGGAGUUGGAUCCGAAGAAAAUGCGAAUGAUGGACAUGAUCUAUUGGAACCCCAAAAAAGAAAAGGGCAUGACGCGAUUUCAUGGUGAUACCGAGUCUGUAGUUGGCGAAAAGCUAUCAUCAUCUCCUGAGAAAAGGGUCACUACCAGUGAGAGCACGAAAUUCGCAGCACCGCAGGUGAAAAUUGGAGCGGAUGGACGUUUGGUCAUUGACGAAGAAAGCUUGGUUGUUGAGGAGACAGCUACGAACGAAUCAGUUUGGGAAACAGUCGAAGAGGAUCGGAUGUUACGGAAGGUCACAUCGCUGUCGUUCCGAAAUCGUAUGUGGCGUAAAGGAACGGCUUGGACAGAGAAAGAGACGGAAUUAUUCUAUGAGAUACUUCGUUGCACUGGACCAGAUUUUGGAUUGAUGCAUGAGUUCUUCCCGACGCGUGCACGUAACGAACUGAAGAGCAAGUUCAAUCGUGAGGAAAGAACAAACUGGGAAAGACUGAAAGAAGUGAUGAGUCGUCCUGCUCUUCUUGAUGACGAUUUGUAUGAGAGAGCUGCUGAGUUACAAAGAGAAAUAGAAGAAGAAGCAUUGGCUAAGAAAAUGAAGAAAGAAACAGAUAAGGGUACUGGGAUGACUUUUAAGCGAAGAAAGAAAAAGCAAGAACCUGACGUUGACGAACCGCAGGAAGACGUUAGUGUGAGGUCGGACCAAUCAGAAGAUCUUGUCGAAGAGGCCUCGCAAAUUAUUCGUGAGAUGGAAAAAGAAAAAAGAAAGAGGAAGGGAAGAAAAAGGAAGCGCAUUCGCUCUGACUGCAGUGAGAGUGAAAGCGAGGGUUUACAAUCGAAUGCUGACGAAGAACCACCUUGUGAAACAGAAUCGAGGAGUAAGAAAGUAAAAAAGCUCUCUGCAAAAGCACAGUCACUUCUCGAUAAAACCCUCAAGAUGUCGAAGUGUAGUGAAGUCUCGCAGGAAAACGAGAACAAAGAUGCUGAAAAGGAACCACAUUUUGAUGGAUAUAACGAAGAGGAUGAUGAUGAAGGCAGCGUUAUAACCAUUGACACUGAUGUUAUUGAAGUCUCGCACUCUUCGAAAUUUUUUGCUAGAAGUCGGCAUGCCCCUCAAAUCACCAGGAUAUCCGAACCAAUUGUUGGAAGAGCUGCUACACCACAAUCUGAAAACGCCUCUACUGAAGCAGCAACAAGAAGUGUUGAUUCGACUGCAACAUCUCCUCAAGAAACCACUGAAGCUGUCAGUGUUGAACACGAUUGUGAAAACCAAGAUGAAGUUGUUCAGAGCGAUGCCCCAGAGUCGUCUAGUGCACCAAAGAAAUCUGCACUGACUCCAAUCCCAAGUGAGGUUGAUCUUUCACGCCCUCGUCGUUUGCUCAAAGGAAGGUCUGCGCGGAAGCCUACUGUACGAUCAGUAUUGCCAAAACGUCAACCUGUUUGUAUAGAAUCAGCAAAAGUGGACAAAGGUAGGAUAGCUCGUGGGUCUGAUAAAGAGUCACUUGCUGAGAACGACAAUCCAGCAGACCAACCUUCCACUUCCAAGUCGCCAGAAAGGAGAACUCGCUCCACUAGGACUGCAAAAGAUUUGGCGAGAAAGUCCUUGUCUGUAGAAGUCGAAGAGCAGCAAAGCCAACAAGAACCUGCGUUCAACGAGAGUGAAGCCGCCAAUAGCAACAAUAAUAAAAGAGAUGCGGACGCAGGAGUGGAGGACUGCACAGCAACUUCAACAUCCACCCCGGCAAAGCAAAAGUCGUUGGAGCCUGAGAACGUGCCGCUGAAACGACCUCAACGUAGCAAGAGAGGAUUUGGUCGGAAAAUUCGAGGAGGUCGAUAG